CCUAGGCCUUGCUUUCACCCACUUCCAUAUCCUUGCAAGUCAGAGAAGCCAUUCGCGAGAAGCGUUCCAACUCGCCGACUCGAGUCGGUCGUUGGCUUAGAUUCGCGCAGGAUCGCUCAAACUUAUGUACGUGCUCGCGGGUCAAACCAGAUAUUCUGGGCCACCAUGUCGUGUCUUCGCUAUUGCAUAAUUUUAACGUUUGUUUCUUGUUCAAUUUCAGCUUUGUGUCUUGAGACAUUCGCAGAUGACAGUUAUCACGAAUGUGCGCGUUCUUGCUCCGACGAAUCUUCUUCGAGAAAAACAUGCGUCUAUCAUUUUCUUAUCACGGAAUCGCACAGCGCAACAAGUUUCUACGAGAAACUCGAAGACAAUGGCGAGAUGUCUCGAUGCGCGAAUAUUACUGUUGCAAGGAGCUUUUUGGCGAUUAAUGGGAAAAGUCCGGGACCGGCUAUACAAAUAUGUCUCGGUGAUACGAUACAAGUUCUCGUUUAUAACAAGUUGGGAAGUGAUGAGUUGACUUUUCAUUGGCACGGAAUCCGGCAAAAGGAUUCCAAUCAUAUGGACGGCGUGCCUAUGAUAACGCAGUGCCCUAUUUUACCCUUUGGUGGUUUUCGUUACAAGAUAACUCCUGAGAGCGCGGGAACGUACUUUUAUCACGCUCAUUCAGUCUCGCAGCAGGGCGACGGAGUGUACGGGUCGUUGACAGUUCGAGGACCACGGGACGAGGAUCUCAGUCUGGAAAGGACGCUCGUCCUGUCAUCAAGGUCGCCGACUCUGCUGACGCGACUCUGGCAUGCGAGCCUUCCACCUACGCCAAGCGAGCUGCUCGUAAACGGCCAGACGAGGGAAGUGAUCGUACGAGUGAAACAUGGAUUUCGCUAUUUACUACGCCUCAUUAACGCAAAUGCUUACGAUUGUCCCAUUUUACUAUCCAUUCACGGACAUUUGCUUCAAAUACUUGCUGCUGAUGGCAACCCUGUACAAUCGAUGAUGGGCACGCAUGUUAUUUUAUUCCCAGGCGAAAGAAUCGACGGCAUUCUAAUGGCUGAACAGACAAUUGGCAAGUACGCCCUCGAUAUUCAGGGUCUUCGGGAAUGUCGCAAUUUGCGUCAAGAGGCAUAUAUCUUUUACGAAAAUGCCACAUUCGAUUCGUACGCGAUAAGGACUACAGACGUUAACAAUUUCGAUCAACAGUCACUUAAAAUUGCUGAAAGUGGUCAUCACUGUCACAGAAUAUCGAAAAAUGUCAUUUGUUCUCUGGAUUUGAAGAGUGCAAAAUUAUCGCAAUUGGAGGAAAAAGCGGAUGAAACGAUCUACGUGCCCUUCGAUGCAAAUAUUUUCUCGUUUUUUACAGAUGAAAUGACAGACAAUUCCUACAACUUUUAUACAUCGAGAUAUUAUCCAGCUUACUUGAGCUUAAAGGAAGGCGCAAUAAGGAUACCACAGAUUAAUGGCAUGUCUUUCAAGUAUCCACCAUCUCCGAUACUAUCGCAGCCAGAAAAUACUUUAGAGAAAUCGAUUUGUUCUCUCGACAAGCGCUCUAUCGAAUGUGCCGACACACCGUUAUUUUGCGAGUGUCUGCAAUUACUCCAAGUUCCACCGCGAAAAACGAUCGAAAUUAUAUUAAUAAACGAAGGCUUUGGAGGCAAUGCAUCCUAUACAUUUCAUUUACAUGGUUAUAAUGCCAAUGUGAUUGGCCGAGAAAGUUUCGAGCAGCCUCUUACCAAAGAUGAAAUUAUAUCCUUGGACCUUAAUGGAAAAAUACAUCGAAAUCUUGUAAAUCCGGUGCGAAAAGAUACUUUUGUCGUACCGAAUAAGGGUUAUAUUAUUCUUCGUUUUUACACCGACAAUUUAGGAUAUUGGUUGUGGGAAGCGAGAAGUACUGCUAUAUAUCCUCCAUUACUCGGGCCUGGAAUGCAAUUCUUAAUGAGAGUAGGUCUCCAACGAAACUUGCCGCUUGUACCGAUUGACUUUCCUAGCUGCGGCAAUAAUAAAGGCAUGGAUUUAAUAUUUGAAAGCUCAUAAAUAUCUUCAACACUUUUUUGUAUACAUGAUGCGGUAUAGUUAGAUAUCAAAUUGUCGUUGAGUUACAUCAGUCAUUAUUUUUAGAAUGUGUUAACCUUUUUAUUUCACACAGAAUAAUUUAUAUGUCGAAUUACUUUGAUUAUUGAUUUUUAUUAUUCGACAUAUGUACGUGUGAAUUGCGUAUUUUAAUUAUUUAAUAUUAUGAUUUUGCUCAACGUAUAUGUUAAUAUAGACAGCAAAAAAGAAUUUAUAAUAAAGUGUAUAUAUAUAUAUAUGCAU